AUGUUAGCAACAAAUGCAACUUACAAUUCGGAUCUGAGUACUUACUCUUUGUUCAAACAACUAGAGCAACAAUUCCAAUGUUAUGUGUCAAGUAGCACUUGGCGAAAUGAAUUAGAUCGUCCAAGAUUUGAAGUUACUUCGGACUUUGUACAAAAAAUAAUAUAUCCGAAAAUGAAACAAGAAGCUGAAACCUUAGCUGAAAAAAUAGCCAUAACUGCAGCUAAUCGAACAGAACGGUGGAAAUCAGCUGCAUCUACAACACUUGCUCAUCGAAUCAUCGAAAUUUUAUUUAGUAAUGGCAUACGUCGUGGUUCAAUUCCAUCGAAAGAAGAACUUCUACACAGACGUGAAAUAUUAAUAAGAAAUGGCUUAGCAAGUGAUGAGGAUUUAAGGUUUGCCAUUCUUAUGUUGCCAAUUCGUGAUCGAAAUAAAGCUAAGAAUGACGGCUAUUUACCAGACUUGGGAGAAAUCAUUUCACUCUUACAACUAUGGGCCAUCGUCAAGGCAAUGUUCAUAGCAACAGAAAACUUUGCUCAAGUUCUAAUAAAAAUAUUUAAAAAAGUUGAUGGAUCAGUGGAAACAAUUACUGAUAUACAAAACAGUAUUGAAAUAAUGCUAAAAGAAGAUCGAGUAGCUAUCGAUUGUUCACAACAAAAACACAAUUAUUAUCAACUUGAUCUAUUACGAGAAGCAUUAAAUGAUGAUUACAAAGUAACAAAUAGUAAACAGGCUGCAUUACUACGUGAAUUGACUCGUUGUAAUUAUACAAAUGAAUGGUUUCUACAAUCACUAGCAGAAGUCAUUCAAGUUCAAACAAAAUCUAUUCGUAUCUUUGUUGUACAAGAUGUUCGUCGGUAUGCUUGUUAUGAUACCGAUUUGAAUGAACAUAUACAGGCUUAUUCAACAUGUCUGAAUCAAAUAGUAGUAGAAAUGGGUCUUGAUGAGAGUAUCAUAUUAACGUCUCAUGAACAGUUGGAAAAAGACUAUCCAAACCUGGAAGAUUUAGAAACUUUUAUGAAACAGCGGACUGAAGUGUAUUCAAACAAAUUUGAAGAAUUUUCACAACCAUUUUUUCAAAGAAAGUCUGAUUUAAUGCAUUGUACAACACGAGAAAGUUUUCUGAUUUUAGUUAAUGAAAUUUCAUUGAACGAAAACAUAUCACAAUUGAUUGAACCAAUAUUACAUAGUCGUUAUCAUCCAAAAUUAGCUGAUGCUCAACUUACACCAAGUGAUGAAUUGAUCCUCUUAGCACAAAUAUAUCAACCUCAAAUUGCUGAUACUAAUCGUGAAUUAUUAAGACAAGAACUGUUAUUUUCAUCUUUAAUCAAUGCAACUAAGUAUAUAUGUUCUUAUGAAUCACAAACAUCAACCAAAAAUAUCUUUCAAUUGGAUGACAUACAAUUUUUCUUACCGGGUACCGUUCGUUUGAGUAUACAUAAUAAAUCAUCGAAUUGUGAUCAAUUUUUAAUCAAAUGUGGUCCAAACUUACAUCGGCAACCAUGGCAGGGUACAGCCGGUUUAAGAUUAAGAAAAAAUAAAGGAAAACACUCAUUGUCAUUUGAAAUUCGACUGAGUUUCGAAUAUAAAGUCGAUAAUUAUAUUCCAGUAUUUAUUAAGAAAGAUUCAGUAAUAAACAGCAAUUAUUCUGAUCAUUUUUCAGCAUUAGCAUUGAUCGAUCAACCGAUUAUUUGGAUUCAUUCAGAUUUAGUUCAAAUGUACGUUACCAAUGAGAACGAUUUAAGUCGAAUCUUUGACAAAGACAAGAAAAUUCGUUUAAUUUAA